UUCGUUUCAAAUCUACUCCUGCAUUUCACUGAUACCCAAAACAGGGCAGGGCAGGGCAGGGCAGGGCCGGGCCGGGCCAUGCCAUUCGACAAUAGAAGUAGUAGUGGACGUUGCGGCAAAUCCCUCUUGCCAUUCUCAUCCUUGAAAGCCAACCUCCUCCUAUUUUCUACCUCUCUCUGCCUCCUCCUCAUCUUCCUCUUUCACCCAUGGCUACACUGCUUCAUGAACACCAACCAUCCACCACCCUUCACCUCUCCCCACCACAUCGUAUUUGGCAUCGCCUCCUCCUUCAAAACCUGGCCGCCCCGCAGUUCGUAUGUGCGCCUGUGGUGGAAGAACACUAUGCGUGGAUAUGCAUGGCUGGACCGCCUGCCUCCUCAAAGCGAAACCCUAACUUCUUCUCCUCUUCCCCAGCUGAAGUUAUCAGAAGACACUUCUGCAUUUUCGUACACGUAUAAGGGUGGCCUGAGGUCUGCAAUACGUGUGUCGCGUAUCGUAACGGAGAGUUUUAGGCUGGGGCUUGAUGAUGUGAGGUGGUUCGUAAUGGGAGAUGAUGAUACGGUGUUUUGUGUGGAGAAUUUGGUUAGGGUUUUGAGGAAAUAUGAUCAUCGGGGUUUGUAUUAUGUGGGUGCCAAUUCUGAGAGCGUUGAGCAGAAUGACAUGUAUGCAUUUGGAAUGGCGUUUGGGGGUGGGGGUUUUGCGAUCAGUUAUGGGCUGGCUAGGGUUUUAGCAAGGGUCAUGGAUUCGUGUUUGAGGAGGUAUCCUCAUGUUUAUGGGAGCGACGCUAGGAUUUAUGCUUGCGUUUCGGAGCUUGGAGUUGGGUUGACAGCAGAGGCUGGAUUCCAUCAGGUUGAUAUCCGGGGCAAUGUAUUUGGAUUUUUAUCUUCACAUCCACUUGAGCCUCUCGUAUCUCUUCAUCAUGUUGAUACUGUGGAACCAAUAUUUCCCAACAUGACCAGAAUCCAGGCUUUGGAACGUUUAUAUAAAGCCAUAGGGUUUGAUCCAAGCAGGGUUCUCCAACGAACUGUGUGCUAUGACAAAUCAAAAGCAUGGACUAUUUCAGUUUCGUGGGGUUAUUCAGUCCAGGUGUUUGACGGUAUUGUACUUUUUCCUGAUCUCUUACCUUUACAGCGGACAUUUAUGCCAUGGAGAAGAGGCCGAACAAAUGGAUCAGCUCCAUAUAUGUUCAAUACUCAGGAAUUUCCUAGAGAUCCAUGUAAAAGGCCAGCCACUUUUUUCCUGGACAAGGUCAACACUUAUUCAGACAAAAUCAUUAGCAAAUACAGCAGGCAUAUGAUGGUAAAUUGUAAUUUCCGUAGGAAUUCAGCAAGGAAUCUGGGGCAGAUCAUUGUGCAUUCCGAGAAGCAAGAUUCAGACCUUAAUCAGAUGCGGAGAAGGGACUGUUGUGGUGUGCUACCCUCAUCUUAUGACAAUGUUAUGGAAAUUGGAAUAAAAAAAUGCGGACCUGAAGAGAUGAUUUCUGCAUAGCCGGUUGUCCUUCAAAGGAAGAAAUCAAGAAACAUCUUCUCUGACUUCUGCUGGAAAUGCCAUACUAGCUUAUCAAUGCUAUACUCAAGUCACAUAUCAAUCAGAGCUCUAAUUAAGUGUGAUAACGAGCUGGGUACCUCUGCAUCUCAAAAAUAUUUUCCCUGUUUUUCUAUACUUUUAGUUUUCAUUGUUUGUAUUGCUAUUGUAUUUGUAAUAAUUCUUGAAACUCUAGUCCAACUAGAUGUAAUUCUUUUUCCAUUCUAAUUCCUAGAUUGUUUUAUCUUUC